AUGUCGAUCGAAAAGACCUCUACACAAAUCUCGAGGCUCGAAUCCAGUAUCUGCAUACCUUUCUCGACUUCAGCUCAAGUUACUAACGACCAUCUAGGAGACAUCGAGGCCCUCAUCACCGGCUCCAAAUACAUCAAGGCGUUGAUCCCUGCCGUCGUCAAUGUCGUGUACAAGAAGCUGCUCCAAUAUGACAUCACCGCCAGAGCGUUCCAGACAAGGAGCACCAGUUUCGAGGGUCCCCUGGACGAGUUCCCGGACGAGAACAGUCCCCAGAUCAUGCAUCGCAAGAUGUUCCUGAGAGGGUAUUUGAACCGAUUGUGUUCGGACCCCAGCCAGAUGGAAUUCUGGGAGUAUCUCGACAAGGUUGGGAUGAUGCACGUCGGUCGCGGACGAGAACACCCCCUGCACGUCGAAUACAUCCACAUUGGCGCCUGUCUGUCCUUCAUCCAGGACGUCUUCACGGAAGCCAUCCUCUCGCAUCCGCGCCUCGAUCUCUCCCGCAAGAUCGCACUCGUCAAGGCGCUUGGGAAAGUCAUCUGGAUCCAGAACGACCUCUUUGCCAAGUGGUAUGUGCGAGAUGGGCAGGAGUACGCCGAUGAACGACGGGACCAGCAGGUCGUGGUCGAAAGGGAGGGCUAUCUGCACGGAAAGAAGAUCAUUCACGAAGACAAUGAUCCAGAUCCAAGCCCGGAAGGCUCAUCAUCAGACACACAGACACCUUCAACCGGCGAAGCACGUGGCUCGUGUCCCUUCUCGGGCAUGACAGUCGCCGCAGUCACCACGCCCAAGGACUCGGAAAAGGAACAGCAAGAAGCAAUCACCACGAAGGAGAUCAAUGCUGUGUAA